AUGGCCAACGUGGCUGACAUGCACACCCCGUAUUCUUCCUUGAAGAAGCUGUUAUCUUUAUUCAACAGCUUCCUGGCUGUGUCUGGCAUUGUCCUCAUUGGCCUGGGCAUCAAUGCCAAGUGUGGAGGGGCCACUCUGACCAGGGUCCUCGGAUUGUCCUCUGCAUACCUGCUUCACGUGGGCUGCCUGUGCUUGGUCCUGGGGUGCGCCAUGAUUCUGCUGAGCUGUGCCGGGUGGUAUGGGAUGACCAAAGAAAGCAGAGGCAUUCUCUUGUUUUGCUUCCUCGUCAUGGUUGUCAUCCUCAUUCUGGAACUCGCAUCCGCCACAGUGGUCCUUCUGUUCUUCCCGAUUGUUCGCGACGUGACCUUGGAGCACACCUUCGUGACCCUGAGGAAGAAUUACAGAGGAUACAACGAACCAGACGACUAUUCCACGGAAUGGAACUUUGUCAUGGAGAAGCUGAAGUGCUGCGGGGUGAAUAAUUACACAGAUUUUUCUGGCUCUUCCUUUGAAAUGACGACCAGCCACGCCUACCCCCGGGUCUGCUGCAAAUCCAUCGGCACUGCAGCCUGUGACGGGCGCAACGUGUCCACAGGAGUCAUCCACCGGGAGGGCUGUUUCCCUAAGCUCCUGAAAAUAACCAAGGCUCAGAGUGUCACCCUGAGUGGGGGCUCUCUGGGGGCAGCAAUGAUGCAGUUGCCAGGAAUUCUUGCCACCUUGCUGCUGUUCAUCAAAUUGGGCUGA